GUCCUUGUGUAAAUGAAUGUAUAUUGAUUUUCCUCCACCUCUCUGUCUCGCCACUCUCUGGCUUGUAUCAGUGUUUUCUGAACAUAACAGAAUACUUUUUUCCUCUGCCCCCAAAAUGAGAAUAUUAACGUCAUUUUCUGUAUCUUCCUUAUUUCCGUCCUCAAGUACAUUUUUUUUUUGCUGUCCUUUUAAUUGAGCGAGUUAAAAGCAUAAUUAGCAUUUCAAUCUUUCCUACAGUCUCCCUCCGUCCUCCUCCUCGCUCUCUCUCUCUCUCUGACUCUACAUGUCUCUGUCGCUAAGGCAACCAAUGCCUUUUCCUACUCGCUCUCUAUAUCUCCCCCUUUCUCACUGUCUCCCUCAUUCCCUCUCUCUUCAGCCAGAGGUAGGCAUGUUAACUGAUAUCUGUCUGAGUGAAUGUUGUGUGCGUGCUUGUGUGACAGUGAGUUGUCUGCUGGUGGGUGUGUGAGAGAGAGAGAGAUAGAGUGUAUGUUCCUGUCUGGUUGACUGAGUGACAGUGGUAGUAGAUAUGAAGUCAAUCUUUCUGGAGCUAAAAGUACCACCUUAUGGGAUAUUAGCCCCAUGAAUGCGUAUGAUGAAUGUUUUGUGCACAGCCGUGUGCUUGCAUGUCUGAUGUGCGAACUGUAUAAGCAUGUGGCAAAAUGAAGCGCUCAUUUUGGACAGCCAGGAGUGCCACUGCCCAGGAGAGAGAGAGAGAGAGAGAGGGGUGUGUGUGUAUUCCUGUACUGCUGUCUAUGAGUGUCUGUUUACAUUUUCAAUAUCAGUCCGUGUCAGAAGAGAAGUGAACCCUCCCUCUCUUUCUCUCUCUCUCUUUCGCUCUUCCUCUCUUUUCUUUUUCUUCUUUCCUCCCAGAGAGAGAGAUGAUCGGAGGAGUUGGGGCUCAGUGAACAGAACGAAGCGAUGGAGAGAUGCUCCAUCUCUCCUGUCAAACGACUGACCACCCACCGCUGCCUUUUCUUUCUCCUGGUUGCCGCGGUGACGCGACCCUCAACCUGUAACCGUGACGACGAGGGCGAGGGGCAGGUGGAGGCCUUCUCAGCCCAGCUGUCCAUCACAGGACAGGUCACACCCACCCCUAUUUGGUCCGUGGACUGGGGCCCCACACUAGCCCUGGAGGACGAGACGCAUCACUUCCUGUCCAGCCAGGAAGCGGACCUGUACCACCAUGGCCACGAAGUCCCCACGACAACCGCUGAGGCCUGGCUGCAUCAUCAGAGUGCACCGGGCAGCGUUUUGCCCCAGGAGCCCCUGGAUCUGCUGGAGGCCCCGGACGCAGAGGGAGUGGAGGAUGGAGGAAGUGAGGCGGAGGAGAGAGAGCCUGAGGAAGUGGACCCUCAGUUUUACGUCACAGUGACCAUCUCCUCUCUGCUCAUCCUGACUGCUGUCAUCAUAACAGCCAAACUCUGUUACGACCGCAGCUGUUCCCAGCACCAGCCCCCGCUUUCCCGUGGCGUGGCCCCCCCUCUCUCUCUCGCCCUCCCUCGUUCCCUGGCUCUGGAGGACAGCCGGCAGACGCUGCACGGCACCCCCUCCUUUACCGACAGGGAAAGGAUCCCCGUGGUGAACCUCUGAGGCUUUUCUACGGGAUGCGAAGGGGAACGUCAACACCGCCGGGGGAUGUGCCCGCCGUGGCCCACCGCGUUCUUCUAUUUAUCUUUGACUGUGAAAAUGAACAUCAGGAAACCAGGUAUCCAGCCAUGGCAAAACCUCUUUUUCCCUCCAUCCCUUCUUCCUGACGGAGAAAAGCCCGAUCUCAUCCCUUCCUUCCUGCUGCCAUCCUCCCACGCCUCUGUUCUCCACUUUCCUAUGGCUCUCUGUCACUGUCGACCGACCGAGCCUUCAGCUCUGUUUUAUAUUCCGUUGUCUGUACUGCCCCGGGCUGUAGCAGCAACACACGUACAGCUCCCUCCGCUUUGACUAAUUCACAAGCAAACCGUGUUAGAUAUCAAUAGAACGUUUAAUUCCCGCCGGUGCCAAAACCGCAUAGCUAUAUGGGGAAUAUUUUGGAAUAUUCAUACAGCUAUCUUGUGUAGCUGAACCUUGAACUAUGAUGAAAUAGUGGACUUGGUUGUUGAAACUUAGUUGAACGUGAAAUAUGUGUGUUAUCUGAAACUGAAAUAUGGUUGUUCAGCUAGCUGGUGAAGGGUUAAAACGAUCCCUGUUUCCUAGGACUGAAGGGGGUAUUUCACAAAGCUGGUUGGCAAUGUUUUCGCCAGCAGCCAAUGUGCUUAACACGACACGGUCCAAAAAUCGCUGUUUACUCCCGCUUGGAAGCUUGGAAUGCAAAUAGGCCCACUGCAGCUUCCACAUUCGCAAUGUGUUUUCUGGGUGUUUUUUAAUUCCCUAAAUUAUUCUCUUCAUUUGUUCCUUUAAUUUUCUCGCUUCUUUGCCGGUUCUCUUUGUUGUGCCUUUGUGAGCGUGUUAUUUUGUCUCUGGAGCAUGGGGAUGAGCAGUGUUUAUAUAGUACUGCUCUAAUAUAGGGUUGUGAAAUUCUGUACUUUUCCCAAAACUCCCAGGUUUUUCAGCCAAUCCCGGUUAGAAGAUUCCUGGAAUUAGGAGGGAAGGAAAUACAGGAAUUUCCCAACUGGGAUUUCUGGAAAACUAGGGAACUUGCAGAAAGUUAUCCUUGUUGUAUAUGAAAAUAGUGGUGUAAACGAUGUGCAAUACAUGUUUGCCAUAUAUUGCAAUCAGUACAAUCAAACGAUACAUGUGGUACAAUCAAUGGUGGUUGCAGGUUAACAUAAUGGGUGUAAAUGAUACAGUCCAGAAGUAAUGAGUCAUAUUACCAUCAUCUGUUGUUUCUAUCAGAAUUCUUCACUGACUUCAAAGCUUACACUAGUGUUUACUGUAGGAUGUUAGGGUAAUUUACCUGUCCGACUCUUCCACCAGCUUUGAGAAAUGACCCUCUGGACUUCCACUACACUAGUACACAUAGUGUUGUGACAUCAUAUCAUACACGUGACUCGUGUCGUUCUGCAGUCUAGUGUUUCCUUGGUUCUCAGUAGCAUACCUGUAGACGUGUGGUUCCACUGUAUGAUGGAAAAACAAUAAAAACUCAACACUGGUGUUUUACCACUGUAUCCGACUGGACUUCACUGGCCAGUGGCUUUGGGUCAAGAUAGAAUUGACAAUGUGCGAGGGCCAGCCUUUACAGGAGAACAAUGGAUGUAUCUCAACUGGCCUGAGUUGCCUCCUUUCCUUCAUCCGUCCUAGGUUGAAGAUACCCAGGUUACGACAACCUAAUAUUUCCACGAGGAGACUUAUGAAAAAGCAACAGAUUCAUGGGACAGGUGCUGUUGCUAACUAGCAUCCCCGAUCCCUUCGUUUAGA